CCGCUCAGCUUAAGGCGCCAGACAUGAAGCUGUGACAUCAGCGUCCUGCAGCAUGGAGGCCUGGAUCUGCAUCGUCGUCACGCUGGUUGUUCCUGUAGCCAACGCUGUAACAACCACAGCUGGAUCUACAGAUCCUCCUGCUUCACUUCUGGAGCAAACAGUUUCCACCAUGUUGACCGACGAUACGACUGGAGCAACACACAGUCCCACUACUACUCCCACUACCACAGCAGAGACCUGGGCUCCUGAUAUUGAUAGAAUUAUUACAACUACUAUUAGUGGUACUCCCACUGCUCCCAUUACUUCCACUACUACUCCCAUUACUCUCACUCCUAUUCCCAUUACUACUCCCAUUACUUCCACGACUAUUCCCAUUACUUCCACGACUAUUCCCACUACUCCCACUACCACAUCCACUACUACUUCCACUAUUCCACGACUAUUCCCAUUACUACUCCCAUUACUUCCACGACUAUUCCCAUUACUUCCACGACUAUUCCCAUUACUACUUCCACUACUACUUCCACUACUACUCCCAUUACUUCCACUACUACCCAUUACUUCCACUACUACUCCCAUUACUUCCACGACUAUUCCCAUUACUACUCCCAUUACUUCCACUACUAUUCCCAUUACUACUCCCAUUACUUCCACAACUAUUCCCAUUACUACUUCCACUACUACUUCCACUACUACUCCCAUUACUUCCACUACUACUCCCAUUACUUCCACUACUACUCCCAUUACUCUCACUCCUAUUCCCAUUACUACUCCCAUUACUUCCACGACUAUUCCCAUUACUUCCACGACUAUUCCCAUUACUUCCACGACUAUUCCCAUUACUACUUCCACUACUACUUCCACUACUACUCCCAUUACUUCCACUACUACUCCCAUUACUUCCACGACUAUUCCCAUUACUACUCCCAUUACUUCCACUACUAUUCCCAUUACUACUUCCACUACUACUUCCACGACUAUUCCCAUUACUUCCACUACUACUCCCAUUACUUCCACGACUAUUCCCAUUACUUCCACGACUAUUCCCACUACUCCCACUACCACAUCCACUACUACUUCCACUACUACUUCCACUACUACUUCCACUACCACUUCCACUACUACUUCCACUACUACUCCCAUUGCUCCCACUAAUCCUACUCUCAAUACUCCCAUUACUCCCAAUACCACUAAUAUUACUCCCAAUACUACUACUCAUCCUCCCACUACUCCCACUGCCACCAAUCCUCCCACUGCUGCUCCACUGAUCUGUGCCAAUGGGGAAGAGGAGUACGGGGUCUGUGUGUGUCCUGAUGAGUGGACGGGGGAGACAUGCUCAGAGGAAAAUUUCUGCAAUGAAACAACUUUAGGGAAAUUCAGAUUUCCAAGGACAGCCAUUGGUUGGUUUGCGUACUCAGAGGAAGAAUGUGACAAACAUACAGUUGGAGCUGGAAAGCCCCAGGCUUCGACCAGAUGUCUGGUCAGGGAUGGAAAACCUCAGUUUGAGAACCCACCGCGAGUCCUUCAAUGUGAACAGACGCUCAGCGACAUUCAAAGAAACCUCACCAGUUCUGCAGACUUGGAGGUUCUGGCGUCCAGCGCUCAGCUUCUGACGUCCAGACCUGCAGAUCUGAAACCUGAAGACGUCACCAUAGCAGCUCAGAUUGCCAACACGCUGCUGCUGUCGCCAAAUGCCUCAGAGACCGUCAGGGUGGCAGCGGUUGCUACCGUCAGUCAGCUGCUCAAAGCCACGGAGUCCGAUGAGAAGAAGGAAACCAACACGUCUCAAAGCUUGACGUUGACCCUGGAUCAGCUCUCUGUGAACCUCAGCCUGACCAGCAACUCGUCCCAGCUGGUCCAACCCAACCUGGUGGUCCAGUCGGCUCAGAUUCCAGCAUCGGACACCCAGGGAGUCCAGUUCACCGCCUUGGCAGGGCAGUCUGGCAGUUUUGUAGCCAACAGAAUUCGGUUGAACACCAACGUGUCAAAGGUCACCGUGGACCAGGGUUUUAUUGCUGACGCUCUGGUUUACAUCCGCUUCCCAUCAGGCAGCAGGGCGGAAAGGCGCCAGCAGGGGUCCAACGUCUCUCUGGGCUUCGUCCUCUACCAGAACAGCCGCUUCUUCCCGUCGAGGACCUACAGGCGGCGGCGGGCCAGCCUCAGGGUCCUGUCAGCCAGCAUUGGGGGUCCAGACCGCAGCAUCGUGGCGGAGACUGUGGAGAUGCAGUUCCGAGUAACGCUGCCGAAUAAAACAUCUCUGCACGACUUCUCCUGCGUCUUCUGGGACUACGGCAAGGUGGACUGGAACACCUACGGCUGCCACAAGGGGAACUCUUCAGACGGAGUUCUCAGAUGUUCCUGCAACCACACCACCAACUUCGCAGCUCUCUGGUCUUUCAGAGAGAACUAUGAGUACACAGAAGCCCUGGGUGUGCUCUCCAUCGUGGGUCUGUCUUUCUCCAUCCUGGGCUUGGUUAUCACCAUCAUCCACCUCCUGAAAGAGACUUUUCACAUGAAAUCUGGUCCGAAACGAACCAAGCUGACCUCCAAGACGACUCUGCUCUGCAUCUGCUUCAGCCUGCUGGCCUUCAUCAUCACCUUCCUGUCUGGGGUCCAGAACUCCGGACCGGAUGUCGGUUCCGAGGAUUCGCCCAGCGAUCAGAACCGGAUCCUGGACUCUGACCUGCAUGUGGAGCCGGACCGCGGCUCCUGCACGGCCGUGGCGGCGCUUCUGCACUUCUUCCUGCUGGCCACCUUCUCCUGGAACAGUUUGUACGGAACCCAGGUGGUUCUGCUGGUCCGAUCCAUGCAGCGCAGCCUGCCCUCGUACUGGACCCAACUCAGCUGGGGGGUCGGAUGGGAGUCCCGGCCGUUGUGA